ACGCCAGUGUGUUGCUCGUGGUUUUCAUUGCUGGGUGGGGGGAGCUUUUUCGAAACUCUUAUCAAAAGUCGGAUUCGCGGGCAGGGAUUCGUUCGUUAUCGAAACAGAUGAGCGAACAUGCCGUUACUUUUUAAUCAAAAGACGUGUGUAGUUUAUGUUGUACGGAAAGUGGACGGUAAUAAAACUCAAGUGUCUGGAAUUGCAAUGCACCAUUGCCAUAAGCAAAUUUCCAAUGCACAAUAUUCAGUUACCCGGAAUGAGUGGCGCACAGCGGAAUCAGGAUCGCAAGAUCGUUGUCAUCGGAGCAGGAGCCUCGGGUGUGGCCUGUGCCACCAAACUGCUGGAAUUGGGCUUUCAGAAUGUGCUCGUCGUGGAGGCGGAGGAUCGUCUAGGUGGCCGCAUACACACUAUACCCUUUGCGGACAACGUCAUUGAUCUGGGUGCCCAAUGGUGUCAUGGGGAACGGGACAACAUUGUGUACGAACUGACACGGAAACAGGAUGAGGAGCUGCUGGAGUCGACGGGUCCGGUCUACGAAAACUAUGAGUGCGUCCGCUCCAACGGAGAUGUGGUACCGGAAGAGGUAUCUAGUCGCCUGAAAGCCAUCGUCGGGGAUUCACUGGUCACCCGGCAACUGGAGCUGCGUCACUGCAGCGGUUCCUUGGGCAGCUAUCUGACCAACAAGUUUUACGACACUCUCCGGCGUCCGGAAAACUCCGAUAUAGACGCAGAGGUGGCCAGUGAGUUCUUUGUCAACUAUCAGAAAUUCGAGAACUCCGUCGAGGCCUCGGAUACGCUAGAACAAGUUUCGGGACGAGGUUACCUGGACUAUUGGGAGUGCGAGGGCGAUAUCCUGCUAAACUGGAAGGACAAGGGCUAUGUGGAGCUUCUACGGCUUCUCAUGCGCUCCAGGGAGUUAAAUGUGGAGCAUGGAGUUCUGGAGCAGCGUCUCCUGCUUGGCACUCGUGUUGUGAAGAUCAACUGGAAUCGGAACGACGGACGCGUGGAACUUCAAAUGAGCAAUGGAGAGACCUGUAUAGCUGACCAUGUGGUGGUCACGGUUUCAUUGGGAGUUCUCAAGGAUCAGCACCUUCGGCUAUUUGAGCCACAGCUUCCAGUAGAGAAACAACGUGCCAUUGACGGUUUGGCCUUUGGAACGGUCAACAAAAUCUUUGUGGAGUUUCCCGAGGCAUUUUGGCCCGAGGAUUGGACGGGUUUCACCAUGCUCUGGCGGGACGAGGAUUUGGAUGACAUACGCGGCACUUCUCGAGCAUGGUUGGAGGAUGUCUUUGGCUUCUACAGGGUGAGCUAUCAGCCGAGAAUCUUGGCGGGCUGGAUAACCAAUGAGAGCGGCAGGCACAUGGAAACCCUUCCCGUUGAUGAGGUCCAGGCUGGCGUUAUGUACCUCUUCCGAAGAUUCCUGAGGUGGAAAAUCCCAGAUCCCGCGAAUUUCCGCACCUCUGCCUGGUAUACGAAUGACAAUUUUCGUGGGUCCUACUCCUAUCGAUCCAUGGACACGGAGCAGCUGGGAACGGGUGCACGGGAGUUAUCCCAUCCCCUGACCGUGGUGGCCACCACUCCGGAGAAGGACAAGGACUCGGAGGACGAGGCGUGGCAGCAGAGUCGCUGCGAUAGACCCAUUGUCCAGUUCGCCGGAGAAGCGUCCAGCGAGCACUACUACUCCACGGUUCACGGAGCAGUCGAGGCGGGAUGGCGGGAGGCCAGACGACUGGCCCAGUUUUACGGAAUAAGCGUGUCCCGUUCUGGAACCAAAUCGCAACUCUAGCUGUAGGCUAGGAUAUCGUAGAACAUGUAUAGACGACAGCGAUACCUGACCCAGUUAUACGUGUGGAUGUAGAAUUCUGUCUUCGCACUACAAGAUACAAUCAAGAAAACUGAUCAGUACAUCCUGGAUAGACUUCAUAUGCCUAAGCUAAUAAUUUACACAUUUGCCAUAGGUUAGCAUAGGUGACAGAUUAUAUUUACGAGUUUAUAUGUACGUGAGCAUGUCAAUAUGUCAACAAGUGCGCUGCCCAAUAAAGCUGUGUUUAAGUCUUCUCUAACCUAAAUAAAGUUAAUAUAUACAUCAUCAAUUGCUAAGCUAAUGAAAAACGCUUCCCUCUCAAUCGCAUUUAAAAUAGUUUUUUUUUUUUAUUAGUUUCUCACUUGUUUUCAACAAUUUGUCACUACGUUUUUGGUGAAAUCAGUUUUCGAAAUGAGACAUGUCGUCACACAGAACUUCACAUUGUAUCCAAUAUGCUUCAGUUAGUGAGUGUAUAUACAACUGAGAUACAAUACGAUUAGCUUUAGGUUUUACGGGGGGAUUAACUCUGUACUUUGAUUUCAACAACGUGUAAUACAUACAUUUAUAAUUAAGUCAUUCUUUGAACACAAAUAAAUUUUGUACAACAAGUUU